AUGUCGAGAUACUUUACCCAGAAGAAGGCGACAUCUUAUGGUCUCACUGGAUGGGUGAAGAAUGCCCGGAAUGGCAAGGUCGAAGGCGAAGCCCAGGGACCUGAUGGUAACUUGCAGAAGCUAUUGAAGGAUCUCGAUGCUGGCCCAUCACUAGCUCACGUGACGAAAUUGGAGAAGUCUGAGAUUGAGGUGCAGGAUGGCGAGACGGGGUUUGAGGUCAGGCAUUGA